AUGAAAAAUUCUUUUAUAUUACUUACUCUUACAGUAAGUGGUCUUUGGCCAGAAAAAGUAGAGAAAACGGGAGAUCACAAUAUAAUCACCAUCAACAGUUUCGAUCAUAGAUUCACCUCCCCGAGCUUUGCAAGAGUUAUCUACCGCCCAGAAAACCAAGAGGAUAAUAUAUACAAAGCCUCGAUUGGGUGCAAUGGUUUCAUUGGCAACCGAUUUCGGUUUUGGACAAUCAAAGACUGUCUGGAUACAACUUAUCUUCCCGAGCUGAAGAAAAAGGUCCUAGCUGGCGAUAUCUACAUUAUGUACCGCGGAAUCAACCAAAUCGAAGGCCCAAAAUCGCCAAAUGUCAAGUACCAAAAAGUCUCCCGAUUCUAUGUUCGAACUUACCACCUCGUUUUCGCCGUCGAGGAGGCAUUUCAAUUCGACGAGGUUGCGCACCCAGCUAGAUUUAUGAAUCUUCAAGAAUACGUCAGAAACGUAAAGAAGCAAAAAUGGCCUAACUGCGUCUUUCUUGGAGAGAACGAGGAGAAUCGAAGGCGAGUUAGAGGAGGCCUUGAGUACAAAAAUGUAGCAGAAAAGCUGAUUGUGCAGAGGGUCUGGAAAAGAAAGAGCUUUGAUGCAUGGCAUGAUACAUUUACGAUUUCUGGCGAUUCAGCUCUUUCGAAUAGCGACAUUGGUUCUCCAGUCCUCUGCAAGACCUAUCCAAACAACAACGCCAAGGGAAGCUUCAAAAUCAUCGGGAUGAUCGUCAACCACGACGUCUACGACAAAGAACCAAUGCGCGCAAAAGGAAAAAGAGACUUCGCAGAGGUCAAGAUCAACCUCUCUUUCGCCGAGUUCUUCGCUUCCAACACAACAGACAGCAGAAAACGAGUCAAUCGACGACCAAGGCCGAAGCGGAAGAAAUUCGACGUCGAAAAUACUCCCGACAAGUUUUGGAAGCUGAGCAAGAAUAAUUUCAUUUUAAAGGAAGAAGUUGACGGGACGAAGAAAAAACACCCGGUUCAUAGAGCGUAUUUGCAUCCGGAAUUUCUCAGACCGAAGUCGAAGAACAAACUCUAUCGGUUCCUCCCUCACAUUAUUUUUCUCCUCGUCGGCUUGGCGUUUUAUACCGGAUGGAAGGUUUUCAAUCUGUCAGUGGAAAAAUUGAGCCAUUGGAUCAUGAAAGGUGUUGGUUUUUUGCUGUGGAUUUUCUUGCUUCUUGCGUAUCUGAUGAAACUUGAUACUGAUGAAGAUCCUGGAAGUCAACUGUAUACCCUUUACGGGCAAUUUAUUCAGCAGCGGAAGACGAAGGAGAUGGAAAAUCCAUUUUCUGAUCGAGCCUCUCUCCAUUCAAAAUUCCUCGAACUUCAAGAAAAAAUCGGCAGCUACAGCAAAUCAACUCCAAAAAGCAAAAUGUUGAUUCGACUUGUGAAACUUGGAUCGGCAGCUUUGAUUGUUUUCGUAAUCGUGUUCAAGCUAGAUUUUUUCAAAGAAAUCGUUCCCUUCGUCGUUCCAGUUGCUCUAUUGCUUGUCCUCUGCCUCGUUGAUCAUAACAAGCCAUUGCUGAAGAACGAAAGCUACAAGUCUGUAGACAUCAGAUCGAUGCACCGAAACUUCAUCGAAAACGAGCUCAUUUGUAUCCGAGAACAUUUGCUUAAAGACUCGACCUUAGAAUAUUCAACGAUGCUUUCUUCCUCUCCCUCAGAUAGUAAUCUGAUGGAGGAAAUCGAAGCGCUCACGGAGCUCAAUGAGAAGAAGCAGGCGGAAAUCCAGGCGAAACUCGAGGCCCAAGAAUCACUGAAUUUCGCGAAUGAAUCAUUUGAAAACGAAACAACUGCCUUUUUAUCCCCUAAAUAA